AUGGCUAUUUUUGUUAAAGACAAGGUUCUUGAACUUCCCAGACAUCGGGAUAGCAAGGAACCGUCACAUUUCCGUCCAAAGAAUGGAUUUGGUGGGUUUAAAGGACUUAAGUACACGAAGAAAGAUCUGUUUCGGAAGCGUAACGUGCUUACAGGGAUUCUAGGAUUCGUUUCGUUGUAUACGUUGUUUGUGCUGUUGUUCCGGGAGAAUUAUGGGACAUUCAAUGUAUCUGGUCUUAAUCCUAUGUCGCUUGAAGAUCAAGAGUACUAUGAUUACGAUUUCAAAGGAUUAGAUCCGAAUACAAUCAAGAAGUUUGACGAAGGAGUUUCUCAUUAUAUAAUAUCGAAGGGCGGUAUGGAAGCGCUUUCGCCAGAGGAUAAAGAACUUUAUGAGCAAGAAGUGGAGAUGUUGAUUGCAUCCACUACGGAUGUGUAUGAUUUGAGCGAGUAUUCUGGACAUAAGGAUGGAGCACCACAGAGAGAUCAUGUUUUACUAUGUGUUCCAUUGAGAGACGCAGCUCCAAUGCUACCGUUACUAUUCAAGAACUUGAUGAAUUUGACAUAUCCUCACGAAUUGAUAGAUAUUGCGUUCUUGGUUAGUGACUGUACUGAUGCGGGACAUACGAUGAACUCUCUCAUUGAGUUUUCUAAGGAGUUGCAGAACGGGACUUUGUCCAAGACUCUAGAAGCAUUUGAGUCCGAGCAAGACAAGAAGAACUCGGCGGAUAAACUGUAUUUGAAGUAUAUGAAGAAAGAGUACUUGGAUAUGGUGAAGACUGCGUUUAGCCCACCAUUCCACGAUAUGUACGACAAACCUUUCCGCUCAAUUCAAAUCUUUGAGAAAGAUUUUGGUCAACAGAUCGGCCAAGGUUUCAGCGAUAGACAUGCUGUGAAGGUUCAAGGUGUGAGAAGAAAGCUAAUGGGACGUGCAAGAAACUGGUUAACCGCGAAUGCACUAAAACCUUAUCACUCUUGGGUUUAUUGGAGAGAUGUCGAUGUCGAAUUGUGCCCCGGCAGUGUUAUUGAAGACCUGAUGAAAUUCGACUAUGAUGUUAUGGUUCCAAACGUUUGGAGACCAUUGCCAACUUUCCUAGGUGGAGAACAAGCAUAUGAUCUAAACUCGUGGAUGGAAUCCAAUGAAGCGCUAAAAUUAGCGAAAACGUUAGACGAGGAUGACGUUAUCGUAGAAGGGUAUGCGGAAUAUCCAACUUGGAGAGUUCAUUUGGGCUACCUCAGAAAUGAGAAUGGUAAUCCAAACGAACUACUUGAUUUGGAUGGUGUUGGUGGUGUUUCUAUCUUGGCAAGAGCCCAUUUGUUCCGUAAAGGUAUUCAUUUCCCAGCUUUCACUUUUGAAAAUCAUGCAGAAACGGAGGCCUUUGGUAAGAUGGCCAAAAAGAUGGGUUUCAGAGUCGGUGGUCUACCUCAUUACACUCUAUGGCACAUAUAUGAACCUAGUGAUGAUGACUUAAGGGAGAUUGCAAAACUGGAGAGGGAGAAUAAACGUGAUUGA